AACACAAUAGACAGAGACACUAUAAAAAUAAAAAAAGGAGCAACCUCUUCAGAACACACUAGUAAACUCGGUCAUGGCUUCAAGUGCUUCAACCCCCUCCUCCUCCUCUUCCUCAGCAAAUGAUCUCAGAAUCCUGGUUGAAAGAGAUCCUCCGGAGUCUAAAUUGUCUGAAUUGAACAUCAAGUGCUGGCCCAAGUGGGGUUGUCCACCAGGGAAAUACCAGCUGAAGUUCGAUGCCGAGGAGACGUGUUACUUGGUGAAGGGCAAAGUGAAGGUCUAUCCAAGAGGGUCAUCUUCCUCACCAUCAUCAGCAUCAGCAUCAUCAGAAGACCAAUUUGUGGAGUUCGGUGCUGGAGAUCUUGUGAUCAUUCCAAAAGGACUCAGUUGCACUUGGGAUGUCUCCGUUGCUGUUGAUAAAUACUACAAGUUUGAGUCCUCCUCUUCUUCUUAGUAUUUCUCCUCGCUUCUUCUUCUUCUUCUUCUUCUUCUUCUUCUUUCUUUCUGGUUUUGCAGUCUCUGUCAUGUGAAUCUUCACAUGCUUGCUAGCUCUUGUAUUGUAUCUCUCAUCAAUGCUCCCUCUUACUGGUGACUUCAUUUCUUCACAUCAAAUGAUAAUUCUUUCAAUUAGAA